ACUCAGUGUCACGACGAGAGGAGACUCAGGCCGCGCUCCUGCCUCACGCCCCCUCCCUCCCACCCCUUUCUCGCUCCGGCUGGAGCUCUGUGCCCCGCUUUUCUGCGCCCCCAGCCGCGGAGCCGUUCGCCGGGACCAGCAGCAAACUUUUGCGCCCUGGGCUCCGGAGCCUGGACUCUGGGGCCUCGUCGCCCGCCCCUUUCCUCGCUUCCAGCCUCAGGACCGAAAACCAGCGGCACCCCUCCCGAGUCCCUCCUUCCCUCUCACUCUCUCUCCAAACCUUGUUUUGGGGAGGGGCUCUUCCGCUCCGGAGACAUCCCGAGGGUCUGUCGCGCUCCGCUCGCCUUGCUGUUUCGCCUUCACCUGGAUAUAAUUUUCGAGCGAAGCUGCCCCCAGGAUGACCACGCUGGCCGGCGCUGUGCCCAGGAUGAUGCGGCCCGGGCCGGGGCAGAACUACCCGCGCAGCGGAUUCCCGCUGGAAGUGUCCACGCCGCUCGGCCAGGGCCGAGUCAACCAGCUCGGCGGGGUGUUCAUCAACGGCAGGCCGCUACCUAACCACAUCCGCCACAAGAUCGUGGAAAUGGCCCACCACGGUAUCCGACCCUGCGUCAUCUCACGCCAGUUGCGUGUGUCCCACGGCUGUGUCUCUAAGAUCCUGUGCAGGUACCAGGAGACCGGCUCCAUCCGACCCGGCGCCAUCGGAGGCAGCAAGCCCAAGCAGGUGACAACGCCUGACGUGGAGAAGAAAAUCGAGGAAUACAAAAGAGAGAAUCCGGGCAUGUUCAGCUGGGAAAUCCGAGACAAAUUACUCAAAGAUGCGGUCUGCGAUCGCAACACCGUGCCCUCAGUGAGCUCCAUCAGCCGCAUCCUGAGGAGUAAGUUCGGGAAAGGUGAAGAGGAGGAGGCUGACCUGGAGAGGAAGGAGGCAGAGGAAAGCGAGAAGAAAGCCAAGCACAGCAUCGACGGCAUCCUGAGCGAGCGAGCCUCAGCACCCCAGUCGGAUGAAGGCUCUGACAUUGACUCAGAACCAGAUCUACCGCUCAAGAGGAAACAGCGCAGGAGCCGAACCACCUUCACCGCAGAACAGCUCGAAGAACUGGAGCGAGCUUUCGAGAGAACGCACUACCCCGAUAUCUAUACCAGGGAGGAGUUGGCUCAAAGGGCAAAGCUUACUGAGGCCCGAGUGCAGGUCUGGUUUAGCAACCGCCGUGCAAGAUGGAGGAAGCAAGCUGGGGCCAAUCAACUGAUGGCUUUCAACCAUCUCAUUCCGGGGGGAUUCCCUCCCACUGCCAUGCCGACUCUGCCAACAUACCAGCUGUCGGAGACCUCUUACCAGCCCACAUCGAUUCCACAAGCUGUGUCGGAUCCCAGCAGCACCGUUCAUAGACCUCAGCCGCUUCCUCCUAGCACUGUACACCAAGGCACUAUUCCUUCGAACCCGGACAGCAGCUCUGCCUACUGCCUCCCCAGCACCAGGCAUGGAUUUUCCAGUUAUACAGACAGCUUUGUGCCUCCAUCAGGGCCUUCCAACCCCAUGAAUCCCACCAUUGGCAAUGGUCUUUCACCUCAGGUAAUGGGACUUCUGACCAACCAUGGUGGGGUACCUCAUCAGCCUCAAACAGAUUAUGCGCUCUCUCCUCUCACCGGGGGCCUGGAACCAACCACCGCCGUGUCAGCCAGCUGCAGUCAGAGGCUAGACCACAUGAAGAGCUUGGACAGUCUGCCAACAUCUCAGUCCUAUUGUCCACCCACCUAUAGCACCACAGGCUACAGCAUGGACCCUGUCACAGGCUACCAAUAUGGGCAGUAUGGACAAAGUGCCUUUCAUUAUCUCAAGCCAGAUAUUGCAUAAGUGAACUGUCCACUUGGAGUGAAAACCGGCCCUGUUUCUGGUCUCUACAGCUUAGACAUGAAGAAUCUUCUCAGAAAAAACAAAACAACAAAGCAAA